AUGGAUACACGCCUUGAAAGAAUUACUGAUUCACUCAACUGGAUAAUGAAGGCGAUGGCACGUGUGAAAAUGACUAAAGAGGAUCCUCCACUUAUUGAACACACGAAAAAAGUUUCGAAUAAUAUGAAACAAACUUGUUAUUUUUAUAGUUUUUCUGACUGGGGUCGAUGUUUUGGUAAUAAAGAGGCUAAUGAUCAAUACAGAAAACUAGAUGAUGAUACUGAAGAUAGUGACAACAAAGCAUCAAUUGGUGUUUUCGAUUUAAUUAUCGCUCAUGAAGCAAUGAAGGAAUUGAAUACAUAUUCGAAAGCCGGACGCAUUGUUCAAGAAGUGUUUAGUUCACUCCGAACUGUUCUUUCACUUAAUGGUAGCAAAUUUGAACAAAAACGAUAUGAAAGAGAAUUGCAUCUAACUCGUUGGAGUAGUGUUCGACAAGGUGCUAUAUUCGGUGUUUUUAUGGGUUGGUUGUCUCUUCUUACAUAUAUAGUGUAUGCAGUUGGUUUGAUCUUUGGAUCUAUUCUAAUGUCUUAUGAAAACCAUAAUACAUUGAGUAUCAGUGAUAUCCUUGUCAUUGUUUGUAUCUUUUCACAAUGCAUGUAUUAUGUCAGUUUUAUUGGUUCUUUCUUUCAAUCAUUUUCUGAAGCUCGAGGUGCAGCAACACAAGUGUUUCAACUGAUUGACGAGGCACAAAUGGCAGGUAUAAAUGAAACAGAAAUAUGGAAAAAGAGUAGAUCAAACGAAGAUUCAGUUGAUAUCAAUGGUGAUAUUGAAUUUGACAAUGUCAACUUUAUUUAUCCAUCUCGAAAAGGUGUAUCUGUUUUGAAUAAUCUCAAUUUUAUUGCUCGUGCUGGUCAAACGACAGCUCUUGUAGGUUUAAGUGGUUGUGGAAAAAGUACAUGUAUAUCACUUCUUCUUCGUUACUAUGAGCCUUCAUCGGGUCGACUUAUAAUUAAUGGUCGAUUGAGUACAGACUACGAUCUCAAGCAACUUCGACAAAACAUUGGGGUCGUUAGUCAAGAGCCUAUUCUAUUUGAUAUGAGUGUUUAUGAAAAUAUUCGUUUUGGUAAAGUAAAUGCUACACAGGCAGAAAUUGAAGAAGCAGCAGAGCAAGCAAACGCACAUAAUUUCAUCAUGCAAUUACCAAAUAAAUACGAAACAUGCGUUGGUGAACGUGGUAUACAACUGAGUGGUGGUGAAAAACAACGUAUUGCUUUAGCUCGUGCUCUUGUCAAACAGCCUACCUUACUUUUGUUGGACGAAGCAACUAGUGCACUUGAUAAUGCUAGCGAAAAAAUUGUCCAAGAAGCACUUGAUCGAGCAUGUCAAGGUCGUACAACUAUUGUGAUUGCUCAUCGUUUGACUACAAUUGAAAAUGUUCAUCAUAUAUAUGUAUUAGAUAGUGGAGGUGUGAUUGAGCAAGGUACGCAUGAAAUAUUGAUGGCACAAGAAGGAGGCAAAUAUAAAGAAAUGAUUAAAAAUCAACAAAUAAAAAAAAUAAAUAAUAGUAAAGUUGAUAUAAUGAGCAUGGCAAAACCAGAUGAAGAAGAUGAAAAACAGAUUUUUGAACGAUCUCUGCUUAGUGAUAGCCAAGCUGCUGAUGUAGACAGAACAUUCAAAGAUUGUGUACAUUCUGAACGACAUCGUCAAGUAUUAACUUCCAGUUUUCUCUUUUUACUUUUGGGUCUUAUUAUUUUGAUUCUUCGUUUUCUUCAAUUCUUGGCUUUUGCCAUAUCGGGCUCAAAACUGACACAACGUAUUCGUUCAAAAGCUUUUGCAUGUCUUCUUCGUCAAGAGGUUGCUUAUUUCGAUAGAUCUGAAAAUAAUUCUGGUGCUCUUUGCGUUCAUCUUUCAACUGAUGCAUCAGCCAUUCAACAGAUGAUUGGCACAAGAUUGGGAGUUAUCUGUGAAAAUUUAGCAUUGACUUGUGUUGGUCUUCUACUUGGCAUCCUUUUUAGUUGGCAAUUGACAAUAAUUAUUUUUGUUCCGUGUUUGAUCCUUAUUAUUGCUCUUUUUUUGAGUGUGCGGUUGCAGAUGUGUUCGAAUGAACAAACCAGUCUCAUUCAUAGACAAGCAAACAAACUGGCAAUUGAAGUCAUUCACAAUAUGCGUACAAUCAAACAGUUGUCAGUAGAAAAGGAAGUUUUACAAAAAUAUUCUGAAUUUAUUCAUGACAUAUCCAUAAUAUUUCAGAAAUAUUCCUUAUUACGCGUAAUACCAUUGAGUUUAUUUUGGGGAUCCGACGCAUACAUUUCGGCAUUCCUAUAUUGGCGUGCUCUUGUUCUUGUUGAGCAGAACAAAAUAAACUUGAACAGUAUUGUCACAAUCCUUGCCUUUGCUAUUUUUGCUUUUCAAAUAUUGAAAAGCAUCGACAACAUGUCUGCUCAAAUUGGUACAUCACUAUCUGCUGCUAAAAGUUUCUUUGAUUUAUUUGAUCGAACACCAGCAAUUGAUAAUACAUCAACUGAAGGACAAGAAUUGGUUGACUUUCAUGGAGCGAUAGAAUUUAAUCAAGUUAAAUUUUCCUAUCCAACUCGGCCAACAACUAUUGUCCUUAAUAAAUUUCAAUUAAAUAUUAAACCAGGACAAUGUGUAGCUCUUGUUGGUGCAUCUGGCAGUGGUAAAUCAACGAUCAUUCAAUUGUUGGAACGAUUCUAUGAUGUUGGACAUGGUCAGCUGCUUCUUGAUGGUGUUGACAUUCGACAAUUAAACAUUCGCUGGGUUCGUUCUUGUUUUGGUCUUAAUGUUCCUAUGGAAGAUAUUAUCAAUGCAGCAAAGAAAGCUAAUAUUCAUGAUUUUAUAAAGCGACUACCUCAGGGUUAUGAGACAAAGGUAGGAAUGAAAGGCAGUUUUUUGUCAGGUGGUGAGAAGCAACGUAUUGCCAUUGCUCGAGCACUUCUUCGUCAACCUAAAGUAUUGCUCCUAGAUGAGGCUACAAGUGCCAUGGAUUCACACAAUGAACAAAUGGUUCAUCAAGCUCUUGAAGCAGCUCAAAUAGAAGAUCCUAGUCGAACAUUACUCAUUAUUGCUCAACGUCUUUCAACUAUUCGUUCAUGUGAUUUAAUUUGUGUCAUCGAUAAGGGACAUAUAGUUGAGAGUGGUACUCAUACAGAACUAAUGCAACGAUGUGGCGCUUAUUAUAUGUUGUUUACUCAAAAUAAUACAUAA